CCAAGCUCGCAAUUCGAGAAAAACAUAACCAGCUUUUAUCAGCUCAGUGCUACCCUUCGAGAUGUUUAUUAAACUAAGUUGCUCGCUUUUUGUGCUUUGAGUAUUUUUCCGAUUUCUUUAUCGCUCAAGUAGCGAAAUGGCUAACGAUCGCGAAGUGCUUCGUGAAAUAUGGGAAGGCAAAGUUCCCGUCUGUUUUCAACUGGACUCGGAAGAAGUUUAUGAACUUCAAGCUCCUGAUCCUUUUUACUUGAUGGUGCCGAGGCUAAGCUAUUUUCCACUUUGCACUGAUAAAGUUCGAAAACACUUUCUGCGACAUGUUCAGCAAGACAUACAAGAUAAACAAGAAACCGAGAUGUGGCUGGAGUUUAACGGCACACCCCUCAAGUGGCAUCUUCCCAUUGGGGUACUCAUGGAUCUUUAUCACAACGACAUCCAGCUACCUUGGAAUAUCGUUGUGCACUUUGACAAAUUCCCUGAGGAAACCUUGAUGCAUUGCCAAAAUAAGGAAGUUGUGGAAUCGCAUUUUCUUUCUUGCAUCAAGGAAGCAGAUGUACUGAAACAUCGUGGUCAAAUCGUUUCGAAUAUGCAGAAGAAAGACCACAACCAAUUGUGGUUAGGAUUGCUAAAUGAUAAGUUUGAUCAAUUCUGGGCUGUGAAUAGAAAAUUAAUGGAAACUGGCAGUGAAGAAGGUUUUAAGUACAUACCUUUUAGAUGCUAUACAAGCGAGGAUAAAUAUAUACAAAAAUUAGUGAAGCCUAUUAGUGAAGAUGGACAGAGGAAAACGUUGAAACACUUGCUAAAUGAGGUGUUUCCAGACACGGAGCAAGCUAUAGUACGCACACAUGGGAUCCUUCCUCCACUCGAUACACCUCUUCAGUGGCUCUCAGAACAUCUCAGUUUUCCAGACAAUUUCCUUCAUCUGACGUUGGUAACGUCCUAACACCUACAUAUAAAUCAAGAUACUCCUGGUGGCUCUCAAAACUGAACUGAGAAAGAAUCUCAGGAUAUAUAAAAAAAGAUUACCUUAUUUUUUUACAAUUAUAACGUUUUCUUUAAGUAAUUGUACAAUGCUUAAAUGUUCUUAGAGUUUUAUCUAUACGAUUCAGAAGCUUCAGUUCCCUGCUCUUGUCUAAUCGUAUUUUGAUAUUCAGAUAAAGAUUAAAUAAUCAUAUCCAAUGUACUUCAGUUGUGUCCAAUUCUGAUAAUAACAAAGAUUCAAAUGUAGAGAUGGAACAUGUUAUCGACUUGAUAAAAAUGAAACACUGAGUUAACUUUUCCUUGUACAUGAAGUUUCAUCUAUAAGAAGUUGAAAGAUUUGGGCACAACUACUGUCUUGAAAAUUUUGUAUUUUUUCCAAAUAAAUGGUAAGCCACAUUGUUGGACAAGACCAGAGCACUGGAGCCUCUUCAGACUGCUUGUACGAAAUAUCAAUCGAACGGUCUGAAAACAAUCUGCGUAUUGUACAAAAUAUCCGAUAUUGUGAAAUUAUAAUUAUAAUUUAAAGUGAACCCGUGCAUGUAUAUAAGUUUAGAUUUAUGCAUAGUCAAAGAAAUUGUAAAAGCUUGCGAGCGCCAAGCUACCAAUGCAAAUGUUGAGAAAAGUAUUCUUUUAUUUUUUACGUUCAUCGAAUGUGAUUAUUGUCUGUUUUUUUGUUUUUGUUAUAAGUUUUAUUUGUAUAGUAAUAAAAAACAUUUGUUCGCUAUAAAAA